GCGCCCCGGGAGACCGAAAAAGCUUCACGGGACAAAAAUAGAAGAACAAAAUGGAAAAUAUGCUAUUUUGGUUGAUAUUUUUCACCCCUGGGUGGACCUUCAUUGUUGGAUCUACGGUGGAACAGGAUUUUAUGUGGCACUUGAGAAAAAUACCCCGGAUUGUCAGUGAAAGGACUUUCCAUCUCACCAGCCCCACAUUUGAGGCAGACGCUAAGAUGUUAGUAAACAGAGUAUGUGGCAUUGAGUGCCAGAAAGAACUCCCGGCUCCCAGCCUCCCGGAACUGGAGGAUUCUCUUUCCUAUGAGACUGUCUUUGAGAACGGCACCCGAACCUUAACCAGGGUGAAAGUUCAAGACUUGGUCCUUGAGCCGGCUCAAAAUACCACUACAAAAGGAGCACCAGUUAGGAGAAAGAGACAGGUGUAUGGUACGGACAGCAGAUUCAGCAUCUUGGACAAAAGGUUCCUAACCAACUUCCCUUUCAGUACAGCCGUGAAGCUCUCCACGGGCUGCAGCGGCAUUCUCAUUUCCCCUAAACACGUUCUCACAGCUGCCCACUGUGUCCAUGACGGGAAGGACUACAUCAAAGGGAGCAAAAAGCUAAGGGUAGGAUUGUUGAAGAUGAGAAAUAAAGGCGGUGGCAAGAAACGUAGAGGUUCUAAGAGGAGCAGGAGAGAAGCUAAUGGUGGUGGCCUAAGAGAGGGUACAAAAGAGAAUCCAUGGGAGAGGUCCGGCCGGGGUCGGAGGGUCGCUGACGGGAGGCCCUCCUUCCGGUGGACCCGGGUCAAGAGCACCCACAUUCCGAAAGGCUGGGCACGGGGAGGGAGUGCAGACGCGGUCCUGGACUAUGACUAUGCCCUUCUGGAGCUGAAGCGUGCCCACAACAAGAGAUACAUGGAGCUGGGAAUCAGUCCAGCCAUCAAGAAGAUGCCCGGCGGGAUGAUCCACUUCUCGGGAUUUGAUAACGACAGGGCCGAUCAGCUGGUCUACCGGUUUUGCAGCGUGUCCGAUGAAUCCAGUGAUCUCCUGUAUCAAUACUGCGAUGCUGAGUCGGGCUCCACGGGUUCCGGAGUCUAUCUGCGUCUGAAAGAGCCAGACAAAAAGAACUGGAAGCGCAAAAUCAUUGCGGUCUACUCAGGCCACCAGUGGGUGGAUGUUCACGGUGUUGAGAAAGACUACAACGUCGCCGUGCGCAUCACUCCGCUCAAGUACGCCCAGAUCUGCCUCUGGGUUCACGGAAAUGACGCCAGCUGUGCUUACGGCUAGCAGGAACCUGGGACAAGGUCGUGUGCGCCCAAGUCGCAGAGAAAACCAGUGCUGAUUAUUGUAGCGAGAUCACUUAAUAGGUUAUGCCUGGACUUGAACCUUAUCAAGAGAAUUUCAACAUUUUUACCAAUUUGCUUUUGCAAAAUUAGGAGGUUUUUGUACGUUUAAAAAACGUUUAGGUACAGAUAUUGAAACUAGAUGGGCACUUCAGUGCCAAGUAUAUACUCUUCUUUACAGGGUGAUAAGUUUCAUUUGUGGGAAAAGUUUCUUUUACUUCUGCCUUCUUAAAAAUUAGAUACUUUAAAACUUUAAACUGAUGGGCCAUAAUAAUCAUAUACAUUGUAUAUUGACAAAAUAAAAAUUUAACGAAAAAAAAAACUUUAAACUGGUACUACAAAUCAUAUGUAUGAUUGCUCAAUGGACUUAUUCUCAGGAUCCUACUCUAAGAAGAAUCUAAUAGGAUGCCAGUUGUGUAUUAAAUGUGAAACUGCAUAUGCAAAGAUAGACAAUAACGUAAUUAGAGUCAGGAUAGAGACAAAAUUUGAACCAGUUUGUACUACUCUGAGAUGUAUCCAUUAAGCUCAUUUCCUCAGUGUUUUUACUGUAUUUUCUGUUGGGUCUGAGAAAUUUAGCUUUUAUAAAUAAAACUAUUAACUAUUUUACUACUUUCCAAAUAUCAAUUGCAGUGUAUAUUAUUUAAAAAUGGGAGAAAUACUUUGUUCUGUGAAAUAAAUCUAGUUUAGCAAUAGGGAAGCCAACACAUUUUAAGAUAUCAAGUUUUUAUUUAACUAAUACUCAAAAUACAGGCUUUUUAUGAAUGCAUGGGGAAGAUAGUUCACAAAUUUUGAAUGAUCAUGCAUUGAAAGCCACAUCUUUUUAUGUUAUUCGUUCUACUAUGUAUGAGGUGCUAUAUUUUUAGAACAAAGAAUUUUGUAAUCUUUUUCAGAGGAGAGUCUUUUCCCACUUGACAAAGUUCAGCUUUCUUUAAUAGGGCCAUAGCCAUAUUAUUUUGGUGAAUUCUCUGAUUAGUAAUUUUGAUGUGUCCUUUCCUAACAAUGAGUAUAAUUUACAAAUAUGAUUUUUAAAAGAAGGUUCUGGUUAUUUUCAUUGGGGACCAAGGGUACACACUUUCUCAUGUGGGCUAAGCAGACAGGAUCCAGUGGCUGCCCUGGAGCAGAAUACAGAGUAGGCACUCAAUAUAUAUUUCUUGAACAGAUAUUUGCUGAAUGUCUGGAAGAGGGGGUUAGUUCAGGGCAUUAUGUUUAAAGAGUUUUAGGGAUCUGUAAUCAAGUGCACCCUAAACUUCAGGAAUUGCAGGUCUGAUUUCUGGUCUGCUCUUCCUGGCAGUUUCUUUUCUCAUGACACACCCAAGUCACUGAUUUCUGCCAGGGUUCAAAUUUAUUUUACUUAUUGUCAUUUUUCAAUAAUGGGUAGUUAUAGUCUUAAUUAUUAUGCAAAGUAAUAUUUGAUUAGAUUAUGAUAAGUGAUUUUGUAAAUGGUGUCCAAAAUAGCUGAAAAUCAAUACAAGUGCACAUUCUUUUAUAAUGUGAAUCUGUUAAAAAUCAUUCAAUAAAAAUUUAAAAAAUAAAUUAGUUAUAACUCUUA